AUGUCACUGAAGUAUAACGAAGAGUUUAAAACCGCUUUACGAGAUCUAGUGAACAACUCCUCCAAGUUGAUGGAUCAAUUUGGUAAAUUAUUUCUGUGAAUUAUAUUAUAAGUGGUCUUUAUUUGCCAACUUUUAAAUUUUGUUAACAGUAUCCUUUAAUAUUGUUUUAUAUAAUAAAUAAAAAAUAUUGGUAAAAUUUGGGAUUAAUUACUCAACCCCUUCCCGUGCCUCAAGGGGGUUGGGAAAUGACCAAAGAGGGUAAAUGUAUGUUUUUUUAAAUUUUAAGUCGAAAAGUAUAGCACUAGACAUAAAAAUAUAUAUAAUCUUUUAUAUAGAGCAUAUAAUUUUUUAUUAAAUAGUUCUCAUAAUAUUUUUUAGGAAUGAAAGAUUUUCCGAGGAAAAAAGUAAAAUACAAAAUAUUUAGUUUAUUUUGAAAAAUUUAAAUUUUACGGUUUUUUUAAAAUUAUUUUUGGUUGUAAUCUAUUUCCAAUACAUUUUUCUUGUAGCUCUGGUAAUUUUUACGAUGUUCUUGAACAACCUAUUACAGAAAAAAAUUUAGUCAGUUAAUUAAUUAUUGAUAAAUAAAAUACAUUUUUGUGGAUUUUAAUAGAGGAAUACAUAGAUUUAUAGACAAUUGCAUUCGGUAAAUAUUGUUUUUGUUCUUUGUUUUUUUUUAAAUUCUGUAUUGUACUUGACCAUCAACUUAACUCCUCAUUCUACUGCAUCAUUCACAACUUUUAUUCCUUGAAUGACAUCUAUAGGGUCUCUAUAACUUUUAUUAUUUUGCCAUUUUAUUAGGUCUAAAUGUAAAAUUUCAUAUUUAACUAGAAUCGUCGGAAAAAAUGUUUUGAUUUAGGUGUUAUUAAGUCAGUAGGAAGAUCUUUUUUCAAAAAAUUGUGAAACUUCAUAAUUUGUUUACGAAUAGUUUUGUGUACCUUCUAUUUCUAAUUCACUAAUGUUAUUAUCAUCAUUGAGAUUUUCUAUAACUCGUUUUGCAAUGCGUGAUUUUAAAUCAUUUUCAAUUUUAUCAUCAAAUAACAAAAAUAAUAUAACUUAUUCUUUAUAAUAACAUAUAUGAUAUACAAAUGUGUUGUUAGCUAGCUCGGCUACCUAUCUAUCAAAUACAUUUCAACUUUUCAGUUUUUUUAAAAAUAAUAUAUCGUUACAUGACGCUUCAAUUGCAUUAAGAGAUUUACACCAAAAUUUAUAACACUUGGUGAUAAAAGAAUAAAUAAUUUUCAAACAUUUCGAUUCAGUUUUUUAGGUAAAAAUUGAUUUUGAAAAAUAAAAUCUUUAAGCAAUAAAUAAAAUAAAAUCGUAUAACUUUAGGAAUAACUCUUCCUAAGAAUAUAAUUACUAACUCUAAACAUUUUUUAUAGUCAUCUAUAGGUAAAUCACUGUCAAGAGUAUUCUUACAAAAUAUUAUUGUAUCAUCUGCUACAUUUUCCAAAUUAUUUUUAACUCCAUUAUCGAUUAUGAAUGUACAAAAGCAGGGCUGGAUUAAGGUUUUUGCUACCCAUAGGAAAAAUUAACAAAAAUAACAAAAUGUACCGCCUAAUUUACAUAUUCAUAUUUCAUUUCUAAAAGUGAUACGUAAAAAACUCAUGGGACGUUCAUAUUAAAAAAAAAUAGUCGUUAAUAAAAUAAAAACAUAAAAUCAAUACUUUAUUUACUAUAUCGGAAAAAAGUUUUACUUUUUAUUUUUUUUCAAACAAGAAAAAGGCGUUCAGCGUAACAAUUAGUCACUGCAACUAAAUAAUAAUUUAUAAACAAAUCUAACAUUUUUUUUACCAAUAUUAUGGGUAGUUAACGUGUUCCCAUGCACCAUAGUACGAGCCACCACUGAUAUAUAUAUAUAUAUAUAUUAAGGCAUUUCGUUUUAAAUUUAUUACACUAGCUAAUUGUUUAAAUAAAAUAUUUAAUUGAUACAUUAAGAAAUCACUGUUUUAUAACCGUGAAAAACGUUACGGCGUGGUGUACAACAAAAUAAUAAGCAUAGUAGGUACGAGUAUGUAUCUUAUAAAUAAUUAUGAGAUAUAAUAUUAUUUUGGGUGUCAUUGCUUAUUACGGAAAUUUUCCUAUAUUGUACAUUAUCUACUAUAAUUAUAUAAUCGGCCGAUACGGGUUUUAAUCAUAGAUAAUAUAUGGUUUUAAUGCUUCCUUUCAUCACGAUUUACUAAAAAAAAAACUUAUAUGAUAAAAUAAUAUUAACAAUCAAUUAAAUAAUAAUAUAUAUGCUCAAUUUCGGUUGCAGUUUAUUUUUUGAACGCUUAAUAUGUAUUGAUAUUGUUUCACAUCGUACUGUCUUUAAAUAGCAUGUUUUUAUAUUUUUUAAAUUAAAAAAUAAUAUCUCAACGUAAUUUUUACGUCACACCAUAAAAAAAUUUGCGGCCAUUUAAUAUUUGCCGCCUAGGCUAUAGCCUAAACAGCCUAAGCGGUAAUAUGGCCUUGUACAAAAGGUUGUAUCGAUAUCUUUCCAACUAUUUUUAAAAAUAGGGUUAUCAGGUUCGGACACUAUUGUCAGUUUUGAGUAAGAAAAAAACUAAGCUGUGAGUUUUUUAAGCUAAUUCGUGAGAGCUCGCAUUGUCGUGGUGAAGAAUGAUCUGUCUUCGGCGGUUUUUUUCCCUUAUUUCUCCGAAGACUUUUGGCAAUCAAAUGGUUGUGUACCAUUCAGAAUUAACCGUUCUACGUUGUUCUAAUACUAUAGUUGCCACAUGUUCAGUUAUGCCGAAAAACCAGACGACUAUUGAUUUCAAAGAGCUUCGUGCGCGAAUAUCUUUUGCUGAAAUUGGCUCACCUUAAAAGACCCAUACAGUUGAUUGCUAUUUACUUUCCGGAUCAUACGUAUAAAUCUACGAUUCGUCACCUGUCACAAUCUUUAGAUGUCUUUUGAAGUGCCAUGACUGUAUUUUUUCAAAAUGUGCACCAAUCUAUGCUAACCUUUUUUGAGCUAGUGUCAAAUUGUGUGAUAUCCAACGUGAACAAAUUUUUUUAACUUUCAAAUGUUCAUGCAAUAUUGAAUGAACACUAGUGGAGCUUAUGCCUAAAGAUGCUUCAAUUUCACAAUAAAUCACUCAUCUAGUUUUAUCAUAUCAUGUACAGCUUCGAUGUUUACUGGCAAAACCAACGAUUUAGGACGAUCUUCACGAAAUUCACCCCUGAACGAAUGACGACCACGAUUAAAUUCAGCAAACCAGCGAAACACUAUAGCUAGGUGUGACGCUUCAUCACCAAAAGUCAAAACAAGUUGAUCGACACACUGUUGUUGAGUUAACUCACGCUGAAAGCCACAGUAAAUCAUUGCACGAAAAUUGUGACGAUUUAAUUUCAUUUUUCGGUCGUUAUGAAUUUUAUAAGCCGCUAUAAACCACACUAUUAGAACUCGUAUUGCAAAACAAUCAAAUAACGUAUAUUGUAAUAAUAUCAUUUAUUAUGUUCUAUUAUAAAAUAUGACUUAAUAUCCCUUGUGUAAUCUUAUCGCAAAACUCAAAAGGCAACCUACGUAAAAUGAACAAUACCAAACAGAUCGUCCAAAUUUUGUUCAAAUUUCAUUUUUUUUAAAUAUUGGAUAAUAUUGAAAAGUAAUACAAUGCCGACUUUUAUUGUUAUUGUUGAUAAAGUUAUACUGAUAUCAUAUCUCUUAUGAUGUAAAUAUCAAUAUCAAUAGUAAAUUGUGAAAAUUAUAUAAUAAUAUUAAUAAACCAAAACGUGCAUUACACUACGAGUAUAAAUGCAUAUAUUUAUAUAUUUAUUAAAAUAAUUCAAUUAUAUUUUGAAGUUGAAGUGUUGGAUAAAUUAAAAAAUUACAUUUAAUCAUUAAUAUGUAAAAUUGUUCAAACUAUAAUUUGUAUUUUAAGAUUUUUUUCGUAAAUUUAAUAUUUUGAAUUAUAAACCAAAAAUCAUUAAAAAAAAAAAAAACAAAAAAUAAAAUAUAAAUUUUCCCAAAUAAAUUAAAUAUUUUGCAUUUUACUUUUUCUCGGAAAAUCUUCCAUUUUCAGAAAAUAUUGUAAAAAACUUUUUUAUAGAACAUUGUAUGUUCUACAUAAAAGUUCAUAUACGUUUUUUAUGCCUAGUGCUAUAGUUUUCUAUUUAAAAAUAAAAUACCAUAAAUGUACCUCCUUGGUUAUUUUUCAACCCCCUUGAGGCACGGGAAGUGGUUAAUUGAUCAUUAUUAAACUUAAGAAAAAUUAGUUUCAUUAGGGUGCUUAACAAAAUUAAGGGACACUGAAAUUAAACUAUUUUACUUUUUUUUCUUCUAUAAAUAUAGACUGGGCCCACUGCUCGUAAAUAAAUAAUAAAUUAAAACUUAUAGUAUUUAUUAUUGAAACUGAAAUCCUAUGGAUUAUUUUACAAAAACAGCAUCGUCCUUAUAAUAAUACCUAUAUUGUUUUAUUUGUAUACAGACAGAGUGCGUUGUACGGAAUGGAUCCAUAAGCUGAUUAUGUUGCCGGACGAUUCUUUGGAGAAUAUAAAAAUUCGCAACGAUUACGCUCAAUAUCUACGAAUCAUGGUCAGAGCCGGUUGUUUACACGGCAUAUUCUCCGAGAGUCCGCCGAAAACGAUCAUGCCGUUUCCUGAAGCUAUGGUAAGAUAAAAAUGUUAUACUUUUAUUUUUCCCCUGAUAUUUAAUUUAAUAUAAUAAGUAUGGGUAUAAUAUAAUGUAUAGGCUUACUCUCAGUGGGUAUUUGCUGCACAAAAUAGGAGGCGGGACUGUGGGGUUUAGAGCCACCAAAAAUCAGCCAAGUUCCUACUCAAAUCAAGUUAUGUAAUUAACGUUUAUGCUUCAACAAAUAUUAUUUGGUCUAUUUGCGCCUACGAUCUUGAACUUAUUAAAAUACUUCUCUCCGUUCUUUUAAUUCCAUUAAUAUCAGUGUCUUCAUACACAAUAACGUCUAUCCGUACAACCUCGUGGUCUAUUGGCUAUUGGCAUUCAGGACAGCUCUGUAUAUUAUGUAUGUCGCUCUGGAUUUUUUAUAAUCACGUGUCCAAACCAUUCAGAUACUUAAUUUAAGUUAUAUUACUGAAUUAAAAUAUUUUCACAGGGAAAGUUAAUAGCGGCGAAAAUACCAACACUACCACCAAUGGGACCCAUUAACGUGUACAUGAAACACUGGUCUCCAGACGGAAGAGCUUACGUUGCCAUAAAGCCGAUACCAGGAAAAGGAGUUUUGACCUAUUUGUCAGUUACUCCACAACCCGAGUGUCCGCAUUAA